AUGAGUUCCAAGAAUAGCUUGGUUGUACACAACCACGUGAUCGACACCCCUAGCUCGGAGGAAGUCUCGAACUCUGUCAUCCAGGAGAAUACUCAGAAAACAUGGACUAGUUAUAUAUGGGAUACCUUGGAUAAAUCACCUCAAGAAAGAAGAUUCUUAUUCAAGCUUGACUUGGCUGUUUUGACUUUUGCUUCGCUGGGAUACUUCAUAAAGUAUUUGGAUCAACAAAACAUCAACAAUGCAUUUGUCUCUGGGAUGAAAGAAGACCUAGGAUUGUACGGAAACCAACUCAACUACAUGGUGGCCACAUGGACAGCGGGAUAUGUAAUUGGUGGGAUCCCUAGCAACAUCAUACUCACUCGAGUACGACCUUCUAUAUGGAUCCCCUCGAUUGAAAUAGUUUGGACAAUCUUGACCAUGUGUAUGUCGCGCUGCAAUAAUGUGUCGCAGAUAUAUGCGUUGCGGUUCCUCAUUGGUUUGGCUGAGAGCGGUUUCUAUCCUGGAAUGCAGUAUAUCAUCGGAUCGUGGUACAGGAGAGAUGAAUUGGCGAAAAGAUCAUGCAUAUUUCAUGCUACAGGUGCUCUUGGAUCAAUGUUUUCCGGUUAUUUGAUGGCAUCUGUGUACCAUCUCGAUGGCAAAGGCGGUCUGAAAGGUUGGCAAUGGCUUUUCAUAAUCGACGGCGUGAUUUCACUUCCCAUCGCCAUUGCGGGCUAUUUCGUGCUUCCAGAUGUCCCAGAGAUCGCUAAGGCGUGGUACUUUUCCGAAGAGGAACUGGAAUACGGUAAAAAACGCAUGGAAUUAGAAGGUCGGGAGCAGAGAAAGCCAUAUACAAGAGCAAAGAUAAUGAAGAUACUUUCAUCAUGGCACAUAUGGGCUCUAACACUUUUAUAUGUAGCUUUCAACAAUGGAGCGAGUGGGGCGGCGCCAGUUUUUGCCCAGUUUCUGAAAGACUCAAAAAACCCCAAGUACACCGUGGGGCAAAUAAAUACAUAUCCGACGGGUACUUCGGCAGUACAAAUUGUAACAACGCUCGCCUAUGCCUGGACUUCAGACACUAUCUUGAAUGGUAAACGCUGGCCACCAAUUAUCUUUGGGGGAGCUGUGAACAUCAUGUGUUAUGUUUCUCUCGCAAUAUGGGACAUACCAAUUGGAUGGAAAUGGGCCUGUUAUUUUAUUAUGGGCUCUGGGUAUGGCCUUUCUGGUAUUUGCAUGGCAUGGGCGCAUGAGAUAUGCAAUAAAGAUAAUGAAGAAAGGGCGAUAGUAAUUGGAACGAUGAAUGAGAUGGCAUACGUUGUUCAAGCUUGGUUGCCAUUAAUUGUUUGGCAACAAGUCGAUGCGCCACAGUAUCGAAAAGGGUUCAUCACUAUUAGUGUACUUUCCUUCAUCCUCAUCCUGACGGCUUUUUUGAUCAGAUUUUUGUGGAAACGGGAGAAACUUCAGGAGGCCAAGCGAAAACGUGAAUUGGAACAAUGA